AUGGUUGCUUCUAAUUUGCCUUCAUCCGUUUCCUCCCGGCCAGACGGAGUGAUUGAGACUGGCUCUACUGAUGCGGCCUAUGCUCCUCUGGAGAAUCAUACGAAUGCGGCGGCUUUCUUCAGGGCCAGAUUGGGAUCUCGAAACUCAAGGGCGACCUAUCUAGCCCGAGCGCUCCAGGGUUUAAUCAAUGCCAUGGAACUCGAUGGAGCAACAUACGCGAAUCUUUGGUCCACUCGGGAAAGGAUUUUCUCUGGCGUUGGUACAGGGCCAGUCGCUCGCUUUCAGCGACUGUUCCAUGGUUUUCUUCGGGUGAAGCGUGGCCGCGACGAUUAUGACUGUGCAAGUCGCCUCUGUCACAUAUUCUUGGAUCAUGAUCUUGAACAGUUGGCGACCUCUGACCUCCUCCACUUAUCCCGUGGCCGUGGCAGAAAGUCUGCCGCUCUGUCUUUGCACGCAGCAAGCAUAUCAGCCUCCAUAGGCGCUGUGAAAACCGAUCGUAAGGCUGGACAGAGGUACAUGCAAAUUCUGAUGGAUGCUGGCCCGGGGCUAUUGCUCAUGCUUGGUAGCCAGGUAAACACAGUGUAA